AUGGCUCCCAUCCGCUUUGGCAUCCCUUUGUACGACUACCAAGCUAUUGAUGUCAUCGGGCCUCUUGACGUUUUAGCAGGCACGAGUGUGUCCUUGCUAAAAAAUUAUGAGGAAAAUGGUUUUGUCCGCAAAGAUUUUCACAAGCUUGGCCUCGAGCUGGAAUUCUACCACAUCAGCGAGACCGCGGACAAAUCAAAGCCCAAAAACCUCUUCCUCGAGAACCUCGAUGUUGUGGCUACAGUCACCCCAGCUGACUGUCCGCAAAUCGACUACUUGCUCUUUGGUGGACCCUUGCCAAGUUACAGGCUCUCCGAUGAGAUGAAAAGUUUUAUUAAAGAACGUGUGGCAAAGAACGAAAUCAAGACUAUCUUCACUACCUGCAUUGGAGCUGCAGUCCUCGCACAGACAGGCCUGCUUGACGGCAAACGCGCAACUGUCAAUCUGGGAUUCAUUGACGUGGCACGUCAAAUGUACCCAACUGUUAAUUGGGUGGAAAAGACUCACAAGGAAAACUGGGUUAUUGAUGGAAAUAUUUGGACUGCGAAUGGGGCCGUCACAGGCAUGGACAUGUUUGCACAUUGGUUGAUCCAGCAGGUUGGCGAAGAGCUUGCAAAGUUCCAAUUCGAGGCACUUGCUUAUGCUCCGCGUGGAAUCGAUGGGAAGCUCCUCGAGCUGUGA